UGCACUGAACGAGCAAGAGAACUCACCACCGCGCCAACAUCAUCCUGCGUGCUCAGCCUACUGGCUGACCUGCGAUGGGAGACUAUCGCAGGCACAGCGGUGGGGGAUAUGGUGGAGGGGCGGGCUACAAGCGGCGCAGGGAAGAAGAGGCAGCGGUGGACAGCACCAAGGUGUUGCUGUCCAGCCUCAUACAAGUGGGAGAUCCCGGCAAGGAUGGCUCCAUCUACCUGGAUGACGAGAUGGUGGGGGGCCUGGUGAAGCACCUGCGCCGCGAGACGCGCGCGAACCCGCUGCUGGUGCACGGCAUGCUGCUGGACUGCGCGGUGCAGCUGCCCACCAAGGCGCCCGUGUACGCGCUGCUCGUGGGGUUGCUGAAUGUGGAUGAGCCCGAGCUGGUAGCAGGCCUGGUGCAGCGCGCCAGCGUGGAGCUCAACAUCUGCCUGCAGCCGGGCGGGGAUGUGCGACGUGCACGCCUGCUGCUGCGCUUUGCCGCUGCGCUGGUGGCUACCAACGUGGUGCAUGCGGUCUCGCUAAUGGCGGCGGUGCGGUCGCUGGUGGACACGGCUCUGGGCAUUGCAGAAGCCAGCCCGACUGGCGACGACGGCCGCAGCUGGCAGCCCUACGCCGACCAUCUGGUGUAUGCAUCACUCAUGGCACUGCCCUGGGGCGGCCCUGAACUGGCUGAGUCGGUUCCCGAGGAAAUGACAGCGCUGCUGGAGGCGGUGGAUAGCUACAUGUCUAGGCGGCCGCGCUCCACCCAACCCUCGCUGCGGCCCUUUGCUGCCGCCAUCAAGGAGGAUGACACUGUGGCAGAGAGUGACAAUGGUGGUGCGAGCUUCUUGGGCAAGGUGGUUGCGGCAGUGCAGGAGAUGGUGGCGGCACAGCAAUGGCAGCUGGAAUCGGUGCCCCGGGUGCAUGUAGCGCAUGAGGUCGCAUUAGCAGAGGCACAGGGCAGCGACUUGCCGGCAGUGGCAGCGCCGGCUCACGCACCUGUGCAAGUGCCCGAGGGCGCGUCCCCAACCCUGUUGGGAGCGCUGAUUUUGGAGGCCUUCCCGCCCCGUGGUAUCAUCCACCUCCUAGAGAAGCAGCACACACAGGGUGAGCGGCUGCUGAUUGAGCGGUUGGUUGCCGAGGAGUAUGUGCUUGACACCUGCUUCUACUUUGAGGCAGACAGGGUGGAGUGCGCCAAGCGCCUGGCGGCAGGCCUGCCGCUACCAUACGCGUAUGAACCGUUGCUGUGUGAGGUGCUUUUUGGGCAGAUGCUACGUUUGCCGCGCCCACAAUUCAAGCCCCUCAUGUACUCGACCCUCAUGGUCGACCUCUGCAAGCUGCGCCACCUCUUCCCUCGUGCCAUGAGUGCCUGCGUCAGGGAGUGCUUCGCACGCAUGAACGUAAUGGAUCCACAUCUGCGCCUGCGCCUGGCUGAGUGGCUGGCCUACCACCUCUCCAACUACGAGUAUGUGUGGCCCUGGGCCAAGUGGCAGCAUGUGCUGACGGCACCGCCGUACGAUGGACAGAGGCGCUUCUGUGUGGCACUGUUGAACCGCCUUGUGCGGCUGUCGUACUGGGAACGUAUCCAGUCGGUGCUCCCUGAAGAGUUCCGCGUUUUGAUGCCCCCCAAGCCAGAGGUCGCGCCGCUGCCGGCAGCUGACGACCCUGAUGCUGUCGCGGUGGACACAGAGGGCCACGCAGCUGCGCAGAUGCUGGCACUGGUGCGCGGCAAAGCCACCCCCGAGGAGCUGGAUGCUUGGAUGGCGCAGCAGGGCCUGGAGGCGCAACUGGGCGGGCCGCUAGGUGUGCUGCGCUGCAUGGCACGUUGCCUGCUGGUGGCGGGUGCCAAGUCCUACACGCACAUGGUGAUCGCCCUGGAGCGCUAUUAUGGACCGCUCAAGAAUGCGGUGGACACGGCAGGGCUGGAGGGCGAGGCUGCGCUGGUGGGUGUGGCCAACUCAGUGUGGCGUGCUUCUCCCCAGCGUGCUGCCAUGGCGGUCGACCGUCUCAUGACGCUGCGCCUCGUAUCGGCAGAGGCAAUUGUGGGGUGGGUGUUUGGCAGCGAGGGCGUGACGGCGCUGGGCGACGAGUCGCUGAGCGGCGCGGCCUGGGAGAUUCUGUACAAUGCCAUUAACAAGACCAUCGCACGCGUGCAGGAUGCGCGUGAGGACCUUACGGCCACCGAGGCAGCGGUAGCACAACUGCAGGCGCGGGUGGAUGCGCUGAUGACUGCGGGGGAGAUGGCGGCAGAUGCGGCAUCGCAGCUGGACGAGGCUGUGCAAUCGCUCGAGGAGAAGCGCGCUUACGUUGCGGAGACGCGGGAGCAGCAGGAGUGCGCUUUCCUGCAAGUCAUGCGAUGCUUUGUGUCGGUGCUGUCCUUGGGGCACGGCAGCGCCAUGGGGAAUGCCAUGGACACAGGUGCGGACGAGGCGACACGCUGCAAGACUUUAUGCUGGCAGCGCUAAAAUCGUUUGUGCGGCGCUACAAUGUGCAGUGUGCGCAAAUUGCUGAGCGCAUCGGCAGCGAGGUGUUGGGGGCAGAGAGCGUGCCGGUGGAGCUACGUGAGGCAGUAGAGCAUCAGCUGAACCUUUGAGAGGGAUGAAAAGCUGCAUCCCCCUUUUCACCUUUCUACUUACUUCGCCUUUUUGUUUACUCCUUUUAGCGGC